GCCGUCAGCUUCCGUCGCUUCCGGGUGCGACCGCUGCUUCUGUCCGACUGGGCGCUCGUAGCGUGUGGUCCCGCCUUUCUGCGCCUGACUACACAACUGCCCCUUCCCUGUUGCCAGCGGUAGGGACAUGAGUGUUCCUGAGCCGCCCCCCCCGGAUGGGGUCCUGGCAGGGCCACCCUUCGUCCUGGGGCCCGGGGAGCCGAUGCCGGGUUUAAGUGACACUUCUCCAGAUGAAGGGUUAAUAGAGGACUUGAACGUAGAAGACAAAGCUGUGGAGCAACUGGCAGAAGGAUUGCUUUCUCACUACCUGCCAGAUCUGCAGAGAUCAAAACAAGCCCUCCAGGAACUCACAUCAAAAAGAAAACCCAUCUCCUGCAGCAUUAGGCGGAGGCCUGUGGUAAUAAACACAGUGUUUUACUCAGUAGUUCCUGACUUUUUUGAGAAGGAGUUCACUGAAGCUAAACACUAUCAUGCCAAGUUGGUAAAUAUAAGAAAAGAGAUGCUGAUGCUUCAUGAAAAGACGUCAAAGUUAAAAAAAAGAGCACUUAAGCUGCAGCAGAAGAGGCAGAAAGAAGAGCUGGAAAGGGAGCAGCAACGAGAGAAGGAAUUUGAAAGAGAAAAGCAGUUAACAGCCAAACCAGCCAAAAGGACUUGAAAAGUUGAAUGUGUGUGUGUGUUUCCUUCCCCCACCCCAUAUUCUUUAGAUUUAAGAUGACCUAAGUGUAGACUGAAGAUAAGGUAGUGCCUUACACCAUUGUGUUCUGUUUUGAAAUCCUUCCCCCAGGAAUGCUAUCUCUGUAUCUUCAUUUUAGCCAUUCCAGAGGCUUUUGUUUUUUUGAGUAAAAGACUUUAACGUCACUUGGUUUGGAUAGUAUUUAUAUGUAAUUUUUCAACUUAUGUUUGGCUUAAUUUUAAAAUGCAUCAUUUUGGCCAUGAAUCAUUUAUAAACCGGUAAAUGGUCUGAUUGUUUUAAUAGUCUAGACUAAGUGCUUAGAAAUUAGUAUGAGUUUUUUAGAUUCUUAAGUGUGGAUGUAAAACUUUCAGUUUCUUAUUUUAUGAAACGAUUUGCCUUUCUGGCAGUACAAUGCUGGUUUCUGGCAGUUGCUUUUUCAUUGCUUGGUUAAAAAGAAAUGCCAACUGUUUAAUCAUAUAUGCCACUGGAAAAGAGGUGGUAUAAGCAAUCCUUUGUGAAGAACAUGACAGAAAACUGUGUUCACAGGGAAUAGUAGCAUCUUAGACAUUGGAUUGGGUGAGCAAGAUGCCAGAUAGAUUCCACUAACCAUACACUCUGUUUUCUUCCUAGCAUUGUCGUUGCUAUUUAGUUCUUAUGUAGCUUCUGGGUUCAAAGUAGAUUAUAUCUGUUACUAAAGCUUGGCAUAUUAUAUACCGUAAUUUGCUUAUUUAUAAUACCUAGUAAGAUUCGUCACACACUGAGAUAUAGUUGUCAAGUUGGUAAGAUAGUGAGCCCACCUUUCCAGAUGGGAGAUCUAACCACUAGUUCUGUCUAUCCUCUGAUGCUGCGUGGCCUUACAUGUGGUUAUUUUUUCUGUGCUUUUAAAAAAUUCUUAAAGUAGAAUGGUAUAUUGUACCAACUUUCCAUUUUAUAGAUAAUGACAAGAAUUGUGGAAAAUUAGUAAGUGGCUUCUUCACAAAAGAGGAAGCAUGAUAUCUUUAGUGUUUUCUAGACCACCCCCCUCCCCUCCCCGAUAUCAUAAGGAGAAACUUAUGUGAGGGAAAUUAUAUAGUUUUAUUGUUUAAAAUUGAGAGUAUAUUAUUCACUAUUUUAAUAUUAUUUAAUAUCCAACUAGCCUCCAAUCUGUUACAUAGAGACUAUAUAAAUAGAACCUGUAACAGUGUUGAUUAGAAUGUAUAUCUUUUAUAAUCUAUAUUACAUUUUAGGUAAGCUGGAGUUACUACCUCUGAUCACAUAUCACGCUGAUUAAUGAUGGAGAAGGCUUUAGAUUUGAGUGCUAAGAACUAGUCUGUUUAAAGGUUUAAAUAGUUUGUUUGAAAGCCUUUCUCUUCUUUAGAAUGAAUGAAUUAUGAUCUCUCAAUUCACUUGACUUUGACCUUGUAUUUAAGAAUAUAUUCUAUUUUAAAAGGCCACGUGUUGCCCUCAAAUACCAGCUAAAAUUGCCUAGGGCAGGAUUCAUUAGCGAUUGUGGGACAACAUCACCUGAAUUGCUGCGACUCUUUUAUAACCAAACCUACAAAGGCUGUGCAUUGUUUCUUAGAGUGGUUUGUGGACCAGCUGCAAUGAUUAUUUAACAGCUGGUUCUUGGGCACUACUCUCAAUCUACUGAGGUAAAUAUGUUUGUUUUGCCUCUUUUAAAAAAAGUUUCCCCAAGUAAUUCUGAUGCACCUUAAAGGUUGAGAACCACUGGUCUAGUGGUCUGGGUCAGAGGAUCCCACGCUAGGCUGCAUAUCAUUAUCACCUGGGAACUUAAAAAACACAACCACCAGACAUUCAGGAAGAUUCUUACUCAUUAGUUCUGAUGUGGUGCUCAUGCAGAUUUUAAAGAGCUCCCCAGAUAAUUCUGAUGUAAGGAACUACUACUGGUCCAGCUACCUAGUGAUUUAUAUUAAAAGAAGUAAAAUAGUUUAAAGGCCACCCAGUAACUCUUGGGAUUAAUCUUAUGAAAUAAGUUCUGGACUGCUUUUUUGAUAUAAAGUCAGUUUUAAGACUGAAAUAGAUAGCAUGCAGGAAAGAUACAAAGAUUCUAGUUAAUUCAUUGAACUUCUGUGACCUGUAUUAAAAUAAAUCAUGUUUAUUGAAUAAAUGGCAAGGCACAUAUACUUUUGAAUUGUAUUAUUUAAGUUUUGAGGAUUUUUAAAAUGUUAAGAAUAUAUAUGAGCAUUCACUAUUUUUAGGUAAAUUGUAAAUAAGAAGUAGUUACUUUGGUAAUUAAAAUCUGAAACUUUAGCUGUAUUUCAAUAGCAUAGAAACAUAUCUUACUGAUGAAAUCUGAACAGAACCCUUACAAUUAGUUUUACUGUAUUUUUGCACAAAAUAAUGACUUGGUACUAGGGCUGAAAACUUGCCUUUGGUUUUUUGUUUGAAAAAAAAUUGCCUUUAUUUUGAAACUGUCACACAUGUACUGAACUAAAAUGGGUUAAUUUUGUAUUUACUUGGUAGGAGGUAUCAUGUGGCUAUGCAGAUAUGGACUGUAACAAGGAUUGUGUCCUCAGUUAUUGGGUGGAUACAGCUUGUCUGAUUUGUCUGAUUUGGAGCUUGUACAAUGAGGACUACUUUUCUACGCAUUUAAUUAAAAGCCUCUGAAUUAUCCAAA